AUGGAGGCCAAGGUGAGUUUCCAUGUGCGGCGUUAUCUGCGCGAGUGCGAGGAGCGCGGCGCGCGUCCCAGCGAGCUGACCGUCACCUCGCACCUGCGUGAUACAUACGCUGAGUACCAGCGAAAGCCUCAGGGCGCGCUGCGUAAAGUUGUGGCCAAAGUGAUGAAGAAGGCGCAUCCCAGUGGCGGUGAGACGCCCAAGCGCUCGCGCUCCGAAAGCGGCAGCGACGACGAAGCGCAGCUCCGAGCGAUGGAACAGCAACAGGCGGCAGGAGGCGCCGGAAACUCGCUGAAUCGCGCCAUGCAGCAGAAAUACGCGGACCAAACCGCUGACAAACCGCCGGCCGUGAAGAAGGUUAAAAUACUCCGGAAACGCGUUAAAAAGGAGGACGAGAGCACAGAGACGGACGAAAACCGAGGCUUCGUGGUGGAGCGACCCAGUGCGAGAUACAGCGACGUCGGAGGCAUCCAGAGCAUUCUACAGGAGGUGAGGGAGCUCAUCGAGUACCCUCUGACGCACCCAGAAGUGUACGCGCAUCUGGGCGUGGAGCCUCCUCGAGGCGUCCUACUCCAUGGCCCACCAGGCACAGGCAAGUCGAUGUUGGCGCAUGCGAUUGCAGGGGAAUGUGGCGCGACGUUCCUGAAGAUCUCGGCGCCCGAAGUCGUGUCGGGUAUGUCGGGCGAGUCGGAGCAGAAGCUGCGAGAGCUGUUCGAUGAAGCCAUCAGUAGAGCCCCGUCCAUAAUCUUCAUUGACGAGAUCGACGCUAUUACGCCCAAGAGAGAGACGUCAGCACGUGGCAUGGAGAAGAGAAUUGUGGCCCAGUUGCUGACCAGCACCGACUCGCUGAGUCUGGAGAAUACCGGUGGCAAACCGGUGAUUCUGAUUGGCGCGACCAAUCGACCGGACGCGUUGGACUCGGCGCUGCGUCGAGCUGGACGCUUUGACCGUGAGAUUUGUCUGGGGAUUCCCGACGAGGAGGCGAGGGAGAAGAUUUUACGAGUGCUGGCCAGGAAGAUGACGCUGGAGGGAGAGUUCGACUUUGCAGCGCUGGCUCGACGGACUCCUGGAUACGUUGGAGCGGACCUGGUUUCGCUGACGAAAGAGGCGGCGGUGGGAGCUGUGAAUCGCAUCUUCACGAACAUUAACGCGACGUCAGAUGCAGGCACGAGUGACGACGCGAUGGAGGCUGCGUCGGCGGCUGAUGAUCUACGAGCUCAGGUGGAGCCAUUCACAGAGGCCCAAUUGGCUCCACUUAGCAUUACUAUGGCCGACUUUGACGCUGCAAUCCCCAAAGUCCAGCCUAGUUCGAAGCGUGAGGGCUUUGCUACGAUUCCGGAUGUGACGUGGGAUGACAUUGGUGCUCUUAACGAGGUGCGCGACGAGCUGUCGCUUGCAGUCUUGCAGCCUAUUGCGCAUCCGGAGCGCUUUGCGGCUCUUGGGCUGUCUAUGCCUGCUGGUGUGUUGCUGUACGGACCUCCUGGCUGUGGUAAGACGCUGCUGGCGAAGGCCAUCGCACACGAAAGUGGCGCCAACUUCAUUAGCAUCAAAGGGCCAGAGCUUCUCGACAAGUACGUGGGCGAGUCGGAGCGGUCUGUGCGCCAAGUCUUCCAGAGGGCUCGUGCGUCGUCUCCGUGUGUCGUGUUCUUCGAUGAGCUGGAUGCGUUGGCGCCUCGACGCUCCGGUGGCGCUGGUGGCGAUGCUGGAGGCAACGGCGUUAGCGAGCGUGUGGUGAACCAGCUUCUGACCGAGAUGGAUGGCUUGGACAUCCGGCGCAACGUGUUUGUGAUUGCCGCCACGAAUCGCCCGGACAUCAUCGACCCUGCGAUGCUGCGUCCUGGUCGUCUGGACAAGCUGCUGUAUGUGCCACUGCCCCAGGCAUCGGAGCGCCACCAGAUCCUCAAAACCGUCUCGUCAAAGUGUGCGAUGGCUUCGUCAGUUCAGCUCGAGGCCAUCGCUGCCGACCCUCGUUGCGAGGGCUUCAGUGGAGCCGACCUGAGCGCGUUGGUGCGUGAAGCUGGCAUCACCGCCUUGCGCGAGACGGAUUUCUCGAGACUCGACGCUGGCGCUGCAACACUGCGGAUCGAGCAUCACCAUUUCAUCAGCGCGUUCGACCGCGUGUUCCCUUCGGUAUCGCGUGCGGAUCAGCGAAUGUUUGACCGGAUGAAGAAGAAUCUUCGCAAAUCUCGCUCGGCGAUGGCUCGGAGCGCGAGUAGCACAGCUGUGGCCUCAGGUCAAAGUGCUCAGAGUGAGGGAGACGCCGCGAAGGUCAAUGCAGAUGCACAAAGCGAUGUCGAUAUGAUUGAGGGCAAACAGUAG